AUGGCGGAAGGUGGACAAAAUCCGGACAGAGACAACCCAUUUUCAUUCAAAAGUUUCGUAACUAAGAAAGAUAAGAAGGUGACAACGGAUGGCAAAGCAUCUGCUGAUGAUGAUCUUGAUAUAUUUGAUUUGCCUGAUGUUAGCAAUCAGCGAAAACGCGAUAAACCCAAGCAAAUUGUUGUUGUUGACGAAGAUGAAGGAAAACAAGGGCAACAAAAGAAGAAAGGCAAAUCAGAAAACCCAUUUUCAUUCAAGAAGUUUUUGUCUGGAAGUGGUGGUAAAAGUAAUGAAAGGUCUAGUCCUUUACAGCAGCAACAACGUAUUACUACAGUGAAUGAUGAUAAUGACGAUGAUGAUUUACAUAGCGUGCCAAACUUACAUGUGACUGGUGAAUUGCCAGAUUUUGUGCAAGAUCAUUAUUCAGAUGGUAUCGGAACCUCUCCAAGAGGUUUAGAACUUCCAGAUUUUACCAUCCGAGGUAUCACGGACAAUGGUCCCGAUAUUGGCGAUACAAAUUUUCCUGGCACCGAUUAUUCAAGUAAAGAAGAUGGUGAAGAUUCAGAUCGUAGACACGGGAAUAGUGCCGAUGUUCACAGUGACUUUGAUGAAAAUUCCGACACGGAGGACAGUGUUCCGGCACAUGGAAGUUUAGUUAAUAGAUUACCAGACUUUUUAUCGGAUGCUGCAGUGAGCUCAAGUAAAAAUUCUGACAAUGUUAACGGCAGUGUUCCUAUUGUUUCCAGAAAUUCGAGACAUGUAGAUACUCUGGUUACCAAUCAUGUUGAACUUCAAAAGUUACAAGAUGAAAAUCUACAGUUAAAACGACAAUUGGUGGAGUUAAGAAGAAAAAAGUUACAGGAUGCUGAUAGAAUUUCAGAACUUCAGCGUCAAAUGGUUGAACAAAAGAAGAAGGAAGUGGAAGAAACAAAGGCUAUGGAAUAUGCCAUGGAGCAAGUGGAACAGAAUCUAUCAGCUACUACAAAAAGAGCAGUACUUGCCGAGUCUACUGUUACAAAGUUGAAACAAGAGGUGAAAACUCUGCAGACAGAGAUAAAGUCAUUGAGAGGGGAGAAUGGAAUGUUGUCUAGUGACCAACAUCUCAAUGAUGUGAAAGAGAGAACAAGUUAUGUUGCCGAGCAACUGUCGUCUGCUACAAAAACUGCUGAAACUUCUCUGAGGCAGCUCCUGUCAGGUGUGGAUAAUCUGAAGUUGUUAUCACAGGUGCUCAAUUCUAUAGACAAAAUCUCAGAGGAUACAUCAAGUACCAGCAAAACCAGCUCGGAUAAUUCCUGACAGACGUAACACCAGUAAACGUUACAAAACACCAGUGAAUGUAUUAUUUUAUGUUACUUCUGAAGUUCAAAAAACAUUUUACAGAAUGACAUGGAAUAGAACGCCGUCUGCUGUCAUGAUUCAAAGAGUUUAAGGCAGGAGAUAUAUCAGUUAAUCCAGAAGGGUCAUACUUACCAAUUACUGCUGAUUUCUUGAAAAAUUAUAUUUGAUUGCAGUCAGUUAGAACUCAAAGACUUUAAAGCACAAAUUACA